AUGAAACAAAAAGAUAAUUUAGAAAAUAGUAAAGAUGAGCUACGCGUAGAAGAUAUACGUUUUCAAACUCAUUUCCUUGAUGACAUAUCGGAAGAUAUACGUUUCGAAAAGCAAUGCGUUGAUGACAUUUGCAAGCUGCGCGAAGAAAUUACAUUUGAGAAGCUACGCGUAGAAGACAUUCCCUUUGGCAAGCUGCGCGUGGAAGAUAUAACCUUCGAGAAACUUCGCGUAGAUAAUAUAGCAAAAGAAACAACACCGAAGGAAGAUUUUACUACUUCACUAAAACACAUAAAGGAAAAAUACACUGAUGCAGAAGGUGAUACCACCGGCAGGAAUUCAGCGCAAAAGAGUACAAAAACGAUUGCAGCUUUGAAGGACACAAGAACAUCAAAGGGUGGAUUCAUCAGCAGUAAGGACGAACGUAAAUGCAGCAAGUCUGAUGACGAUAAAUCAAAGAGAAAAGAUGAGAAGUCCGGCGACAAAAAGGAUAAAGACAUUAGUGAACAAAAAUCAUCUUCAAACAAGACUUCGCAGAAGGAUGACAAAAAAAGUCUUCAGUUAAUAUCUCUACAAAAUCGUCGUCCACAGGAAAGCAGACAACACCUUCACGUAAUCUUUGGGUAUCCGGGUUAUCUUCAUUAA